AUAUUCCAGGCCACUCUGUGCCCUCAGUGCUGCAGAGUACCUUCCAUGCCCAGGCCUGUGAGGAGCUCUUCAAACACCUCUGCAUCAGUGGGACGCCUAAGAUCCGUCUCCACGCCGGCCUGCUGCUGGUUCAGCUGUGUGGAGGAGAGCGCUGGUGGGGCCAGUUCCUCUCCAACGUCCUGCAGGAGCUCUACAACUCUGAGCAGCUGCUCAUCUUCCCUCAGGACAGGGUGUUCAUGCUGCUGUCCUGCAUUGGCCAAAGAUCCCUGAGUAACAGUGGAGUGUUGGAGGGGCUCCUGAACCUGCUGGACAGCCUGCUGUCUCCCCUGCAGCAGCCACAGGCCUCCGCCCAGCGCAGGACCGAGGGUGUUUUGGAUAUCCCCAUGAUCAGCUGGGUAGUGAUGUUGGUCUCUAGACUGCUGGACUAUGUAGCCAGUAUAGAAGAUGAGGCUGCAGGGGGUAAGAAGCACCUUGGAGGGAAAGAACGGGAGAGAUCUUUUACAGGUAUUCAGUGGAGCUUCAUCAACAACAGCCUUCAGUCUCAGAACUCCGGCAGGGCAGCUAAAGGCAACAGCAGCCUGGACCGACUUUACUCGCGCAAGAUCCGCAAACAGCUCGUCCACCACAAGCAGCAGUUAAAUCUAUUGAAAGCAAAACAGAAGGCUUUGGUGGAGCAGAUUGAGAAGGAGAAGAUCCAGAGCAACAAAGGCUCCUCCUACAAACUGCUGGUGGAACAGGCCAAGCUCAAACAGGCCACAUCCAAG